UGUAAGUAGCCAAAAUCAGAAUGGUGAUUUCGGACCUCUGUUCUCCUUAGAUUUCGAACCCAUUGCUCACCGGAGCUAAACAUUCAAGCAAGAACUCUCUAACGCUUCCCUCUCUCAAUCAUCAUUUUCCCUCGCUUAUUUCCUCAUUUGGGGGGAUUUGAUUUUCCCGUAUGCCCAUGUCGUCCGGCGGUCCCACCACCACCGCACCCUCCACCACAGCAAGCCCCAACAGCCACCCUGGACCCACCACCACUAGACGACGCGUUGAUGCCCCCGACAAGUCCUCUGCUUUCUCCGAUUAUUAUGAUGGUGUCUCUGACGAAGAAGACACUCUUAACGGCUAUUCCGUUGGGCCCCAUCACCACCACCACCAUCACCAUCCUUUGAUCAGGUAUCUUCUGCUACGCAGAAAGUUAUUCUUUUUUCUUCCAGAGGCUUGGCUGCUCGCUGUCGAGGAUGCUUGCCAUUGGAUUGUCACCUUGGCCCAAAGUUUGAGAUCCGGUAAAAACAUGGGUCGUAAGAUUCUCGCUGCUUUGACGUUGAUAGUGAUCAUUUCGGUGUUCCUCAAGGUCUCCUUCGUGCAUCAUCACGUAGAGAAGCAAAGAGAGAACGAUCUUGUGAUCCGAAAGACAUUCAAAGAAGAUUGGGCCAUGGCUCAACGUGUUGUUGCCGAAAACGCAGCCUCCAUGCCCAAGCGCGUUUUGGAGAAAUACCCUACACCAGAAAUUUGGAUGAAACCAAAUAGUCACAAUUACUACCAAUGCAUCCCCCGUACUAGAAGCCUAAUAAAGACUAGAAAAACAAAUGGCUAUCUUCUUGUUCAUGCCAAUGGUGGACUGAAUCAAAUGAGAACAGGAAUUUGUGAUAUGGUUGCUGUUGCAAAGAUUAUGAAUGCAACUCUUGUCUUACCUUCUCUCGAUCAUGACUCAUUUUGGACUGAUCCAAGCACUUUUAAAGACAUUUUUGACUGGAGACACUUUAUGGAAGGGUUAAAGGAUGAUGUCGAUAUAGUAGAGUAUUUGCCACCUAAAUAUGCAGCAAAGAAACCCCUUUUAAAGGCUCCUAUCUCCUGGUCUAAGGCUAGUUACUACAGAGGUGAGAUGGCCUCCUUGUUAAAAAAGCACAAGGUGAUAAAGUUUACCCACACUGAUUCUAGACUAGCUAACAAUGGCCUUGCAGCCUCCAUUCAGAGGCUAAGGUGCCGUGUCAAUUAUGAGGCUCUCCAGUACUCAAAGGAGAUUGGGGAUCUUGGCAAGAUAUUGGUUGAUAGACUAAGGAAUAAUGGCGAGCCUUAUAUUGCUCUGCAUUUAAGGUAUGAGAAAGACAUGCUUUCAUUCACUGGCUGUAAUCACAAUCUUACAUCAGAAGAGGCCGAGGAACUCAGUGAUAUGAGGUACAAAGUCCAACAUUGGAAGGAGAAGGAGAUAGAUAGCAAAGAAAGGCGACUUCAGGGUGGAUGUCCAAUGUCUCCCAGAGAAGCAGCCCUGUUUCUAAAGGGUAUGGGAUACCCUUCCUCUACAACUAUCUACAUAGUUGCAGGAAAAAUAUAUGGUAGCAAUAGCUUGGCAGCCUUCCGAGCAGAGUUCCCAAACGUUUUUACUCAUUCUACUCUAGCAACCACAGAAGAGUUAGAACCGUUCAAGCCAUAUCAGAAUCGCUUAGCUGCCUUGGAUUAUAUUGUGGCACUUGAAAGUGAUGUCUUUGUUUAUACAUAUGAUGGAAAUAUGGCCAAAGCAGUGCAGGGACAUAGGAGGUUUGAAGGAUUUCGGAAGACUAUCAAUCCAGACAGACAAAAUUUUGUUACGCUGAUUGAUCAGUUGGAUGAGGGUUCAAUAUCUUGGGAAGAAUUCUCUUCAAAGGUUAAGAGUAUACAUUCCAACAGGGUUGGAUCUCCAUAUCUUAGGCAAGCGGGAGAAUCACCGAGGCUGGAAGAGAACUUUUAUGCAAAUCCUUUUCCUGGUUGUGUAUGUAACAAGUCCCAUGAGCAAUUGAGCAGCCUGAAAUUUAACAUGAGAGUAAAAUCAAGUCUUGGGGCUGCAUCGCAAAGAUAGGGACUAUGAAUUGACGACUGGCUGGGGUUGUGGAUUAUUUGACACCCAUUUUCCUAGAAAGGUUGGUCGCAAUGGGUGCCUGAUCGAGCAGCUUUUGCCCAGACAAAGGACUCUGUCAGCUGCCUUCAGGGAAGUCUUGAGUUUUCUCAUGUGAUACCCCCCCCAAAAAAAAAGGACACAUUUCAUAUUUUUUGUAGAUAGAGGAUUAAACAGGAAUUUAGGGAAACAUAGAAGGUAAAUUAAUCAGGUUAGUUACAUAGGCAUUCAUAUUAAUUCCAUUUGCAUAUACGGAGUUAAAAGUUCUUUCAUUUAUUUGCCAUUGCAGACAAAAAAAAAUAUAUUCAUUAAUUUCUCCAGAAAAUAUAUGUUUCGUUUUUGA